UAACAAAGCUGAAUAAUCUCCCAUCCACUUCAUUUUUAUAUAUAUCCAACCCUCAAACAAAUCCUUCAAUUUUCACCAAACUCAAAAAAAAAUGGCACUUGCGAAAAACCUCUCCAUUUUCUUUGUGAUCGCCCUAACCUGCUUGGCUGCAGCUCAAGCAGCAACACUCAACAUCACAAACAGUUGCAAUUACACAAUUUGGGCAGCUGCGGUGCCCGGCGGAGGCCAAAGACUCGACCCCAAUCAAACGUGGACUCUCAACGUGACAAGCGGCACGUCGGGGGCACGUCUUUGGGGCCGAACCAACUGCACCUUCGACAGCGCAGGUAAUGGGACGUGUUUAACUGGUGACUGUAAAGGCGUCCUGGAGUGCGAUUCAUUCGGCACCGCACCCAACACGCUUGUGGAGUACGCGCUUAACCAAUAUAACAAUCUGGACUUCUACGACGUCUCGGUGGUUGACGGUUUCAAUAUUCCUCUUUCAUUCACUCCAUUAACAAACAACUGCACGCGAUCCGUGAACUGCACUGCGGACAUCAACGAUGAGUGCCCGUCUCAACUGAAGGCUCCAGGUGGUUGUAACAACCCUUGCACGGUUUUCAAGACCAGCGAGUAUUGUUGCAUGAACACCACGUGUGGGCCUACUGAUUAUUCCAAAUUCUUCAAGACGAGGUGCCCUGAUGUGUUUAGCUACCCUAAGGAUGAUGUAACCAGUACUUUCACUUGCCCUGGAGGAACCGAUUAUAGUCUUGUAUUUUGUCCUUAGAAUUCUUCUUCUUUUUCUUGUGAUCUUUUAUUUUAUUUUAUUCUAUUGUUUUUAUUCUACCAUGAUUUCUAUGUCUAGGUUGCUAUAUAUACCUGCAGCCAAAUAACAGGGUUCUUGAUUGUAA